AUGCGGUCGGCGGCCCUCGCCCCGGUGCCCGCGGUGACGAGCCCCCUCCCCCCGACUGCGAGGCCCCGAGUGCCGUCUGGAUCCCCGCCCCAGGGUCCUCUUUCCGCCCCGCCCCGGCCCCGGCCCCGGCGCACUCCGGAGACGCCGCCCCGGGGAUUCCAGCCCUCGAUGCGUCCUGCGCCCCGGACCGGCGUCCGCGGGAAUCUCACCGGUCCCGGCCUCAUCUGGCCUCUAGGGCCCCGAAGUCCCGGCUGCCCUGCUGCCCUGGACCUCCUCGCGCAGGUGCCACGUCUCCCGCAGGCCCCCAGUGGGACGCACGGCACCUUGCUCGCCCUUGGGGGACCCUGCCUUUGCGGAAUGUCUCAUCCCCCCGUGCGCGCUCCGCAGACGGGGAGGAGUCGCGAUGAGGCCCACGGAUGUCGAUGCGCUGCGGCCACGAGGCGAGGCAGCGCGGGGAAGGACGCGAGCGACCGGGGCCAGGCCUGGCUGGGCCGAGACAGUGGCGCUGGAGGCCUACGGGGUCCCCGCUCAAUCAGUGCGCGGAGGCGGGCCGGACCCCUGAGACAGAAACCGCGCCUGGCUUAUUGGCGCCGCGGGGUGCAGGGAUUAGCGAAACCCUCCCCUGGCCGUCCCGGGACUCCGAGCGCGCCCGCGCGGUUCUCCCGCUGCCUCCGGCUCCCUCUGGCUCCCCCAGCCUCCCCGCUCGCGGCCUCCCCGCUCCCCGCCGGCUCUCCGGGCUCCCGCCCACCCCCCCGCCCGGUGCGCCUGGCACCACGGGGCUGGGUGCCUGGGAAGAGCGCCAGCAUCCAGGACCCCCGAGUUCCUGCCACCUGCCAGCGCGCGGAGACGGGAAAAGUCUCCGCGGAUCGAGGUUCCGAGAUAGGAGCCGGGCCCCAUCCCUUCGAAAACCAGCGCCUGCUGCAGCAGAGCCAGUCUCCUUGA